CGCUGACGACGGGACCCCAGUUCAUCAAGGCAACUCAAGUCACCCCGUCCGUCGUCUAUACACUGAUUGAUGCGUAUUACCUAUUUCAUACAACUACACGACUGCAAUUGAGGUAGACGACGACAAAAAUCUAAUCAUACCCGCGUCUGUUGCCGGCCCGCUUCUUGCCCCGCGCUUUGUCCCUUCCAAGGCAUUGACCGAACCGCCGGCGAUUCUCAAAACGAUUGAUCCAGCCGACGUCUAAUUCAUACCACCUGCUUCUACUCCUCCCUUUGUUCUGCAAUCCCCGCGGAACCAUACAGAGUACAACGGCACAGCCAUGGCGCAAGAUCCUCGAGCACUAUUGCAGAAAGCCGACAAGGCGGCCCAGGGAGCCUCAGGCGGCUUCAGUUUCUUUGGCGGCCGGACCGAGAAAUGGGAGAACGCCGCGGACCUGUAUACACAAGCGGCAAAUGCAUUCCGGGUACAGAAACAAAACUAUGAAGCCGGACAAGCAUUUGAAAAAGCCGCCUCGAUACAACAAAGCAAACUGAACGAGCCGGACGACAUGGCCAACACUCUGACCGAAGCAUUUAAAGUAUACCGCAAAGACUCGCCGCAAGACGCGGUGCGGGUUCUCGCGGCCGCGAUUUCGCACUACACGACCAAAGGCAACUUCCGACGGGCGGCCACGCACCAGCAAAACCUGGCCGAAGUGUACGAAAUGGAACUGGGCGAUCAGAAGAAAGCCCUGGCCGCCUACGACACAGCGGCGCAAUGGUACGAAAGCGACAACGCCGAAGCUCUUGCCAACAAGCUAUACCUCAAGGUCGCGGACCUGGCCGCCCUCGAAGGUGACUACCAGACGGCGAUUGCCAAAUUCGAGGCCGUGGCCAAGUCUUCCCUCAACAACAACCUCAUGCGGUGGUCCGUCAAAGAUUACUUCCUCAAAGCCGGCAUCUGUUAUCUGGCCGCCGGCGACUUGGUCGCCACGAAGCGUGCCCUGGAACAUUACCGAGAAUUGGACAAUGGAUUUGCCAGCUCGCGCGAAAAUCUGUUGUUGAUGGACCUGGUCACCGCCGUCGAGGAGGGCGAUCAAGAGUCCUUUGCUGACAAGCUGUUCCAGUAUGACCAGUUGAGCAAGCUGGACAAGUGGAAAACUACCUUGUUGUUGCGCGUCAAGAAUGCUAUUGAGAAGGAGGAAGAGGAUUUCUCGUGAUUGAUGGCAACAAAAACAGAAUCAUGGUCACCUAACUGCUGAUCAGCAAGAUAGGCCCUGCCCAGUUCCGGCUUGAGCACCACUGACUUCGUCCGGCUCGGCUCGGCUUGGCUCCAAUGCCUCCAUGUGGUUUUGAAUGGUUUCGGAUGCGAUGGCGCGUCCGACAGAAGAAAGCUUUGGGGAUGGACAAUCAAAUCUAUGAUAACGUAGGAGUCAUCGUUCAUCCAUUGGCGUUUGUUUUGUGGGCCUGUCAUUCGGGACAGAUGGGAUGGUCGGGCAUUAUGCCCCUGGCACGAUGAUCACUAGUAGAUGGAGGAGCUUCAGUUGUUACUACUUAGUAGGUAUUGACAGACAGCGCUGGUUGAACCAUGUUGACAUUCAAGUCCGACUGUUCUACUUAAUACCUACCUAGAGAGGACGGAGUAGGGGAGGACAGGCCGCAGCGAGGCCAAAAGCAAACCAGUUGCCUGAAGCUUUCAAAGUGUUACACUGGUCUACAGUGUUUUAGUACUCUGACAUCCUAAGGUGGAACUUGACGCCGGUAUGUGGCCCAUACAGUAAAUCUUUUCUUGCUCAAUAACAUCCAGAGGAUUGAUGCAUUGUCAAUCCGAUUCUUUGUCCAGGUCCUGCUCAUCCAUGCAUAAACAUGAGGACGAAUGCUCUUACUCUCCCGGCCGUGAGUAGUAGUAGGUAGGUACUUUAUCUAAAGACGGACACCUCAUUCAUGCUCUUCAUAGCAACGCCAUGCAUGCCAUGCAUUGGGAUGGCUAGGCUGUCCGUCUGUUUGUGCGGCUUGAUUUCCAAUGCCGAUGCCGUACCGAUGCUGGUUGUUAAAAUGCACAUAUGUACGUAGAGAGGACAUCAUUUUGGGACUGUUUUCCAAGGGCUGUAUCGAACACACCCCUUCGGUGAUUUAUACCCUCCGAAAAAGGCCCACUGCAGUUAUGAGAGGGGGUAACAGGUUUAUCCACACUCUUGGCCUUGUAGAAAUAUUGACCUAACCGUGAUUUCUGUCUGGUCUCUUAACACCAUGUGAAGACGGGUUUUUUG